UCGAUCAGAAUGAAGGUCUUUGUGGUUGUGAUCCUAGCAAUUGCAACCGUUUCUGCGGGUGUUUUGCCUCAGGUUGAUACUCCAGUGCAUCCUCGUGACCUUGUGGAUGCUCCAUCCAUUGAAGGUCGCAUUACCAACGGAAACAAGGCAGCUUCCAACCAGUUUCCCUACCAGGUGGGACUCGCUUUUAAGAACUCCGCUGGCAGUUGGUGGUGCGGUGGCUCAAUCAUAGCAAAUACUUGGGUUCUAACUGCUGCCCAUUGCACAAAUGGUGCCUCUUCCGUGACCAUUUACUAUGGUUCUACACUUCGGACCAGUGCCAAAUUGAAGAAAAAGGUUUCCAAAUCAAAGUUUGUACAGCACGCCAGCUACAAAGCGGCAACUCUACAGAACGACAUCUCCCUGAUCAAAACGCCAUCUGUUAAAUUCACGGCUGCCAUAAACAAGAUCACCCUGCCCUCCAUCGCAAGCAGCAACUCCUCUUUCGCCGGACAGACUGCCAUAGCCUCCGGAUGGGGCACGACCUCAGAUUAUGAUAGUUCGGUCACCUCCUACUUGCAAUAUGCCGAACUCCAGGUCAUCAGUAAUGCCGUGUGCCAACAGACCUAUGGGUCCUCGAUCGUCACUAGUGGAGUCAUCUGUGUGGCUUCCACGAACAAGAGAUCAACCUGCCAGGGCGAUUCUGGAGGUCCUUUGGCCCUGAAUGGUAAACUGAUUGGAGUCACCUCAUUCGUAUCCGCUUUGGGAUGCGAGAAAAAUAAGCCAGCUGGCUUUACUCGCGUCACCAGUCACUUGGAUUGGAUCAAGACCAAGUCCGCAGUGUUUUAUUAGGAGAUAUUUCUAAAGUUUCUCUAGCUAUGUCA